GUAUUAAAUAAGGGGCGAGCCUCUGAUUUGUUCUGUUGGUCUCGUCCCUAGCAUGACAGGGCUUUUUAUCUCGUCUUUCCCCUCCGAAAAGUUCGACUCUCUUGUUCUUGCUUCCGGUUUGCGGUUUGGUCGCCAUUCUCUCGAAAUCUCGCCAGAAGGGACCCGGUUUCUCUGCUCUUCGCCCCCAUCAGCACUUAUUAUCACUAGUUAUGGAGAAUAGCAUGGAUAUUCCUUCUAGUCGGUCUUCGCCUAAUCUCACUGUAUCAAGCUCAAACACAGCUUGUAUAGCUCCCACUCCUGUGUUUGAAAGGAAGAAGAAGCACUUGCAACUUCCUCCACCACUCAACAAGCACAAAGAAAAUAUACUCGAAGUUCUACACAACCAUCAUCUCCUAAGGCGUAAAAUAUGGUGCCAAUGUAGAAUAACAUCCUGCAAGGCUGCAACUCACUAUCAGGCACAACAACAUUCACCCUCACAGUGCCCCAUACUAUUCCUCUCAAUCUCGAAGUCACAUUUACCGAUCAUGAUCAUGGCGUUUCUGCCUUGGAGGAGGACUUGAGAACUGGGAUCAGCACAUUGCUAUGCUGGUCAGUGACACAAGGAGCAUACAUCAGUGG